GCCCUCCCCUUUUUUUUUUUUUUUCCUGCGAAUUCAGCAACCACCUUGGCUCCAUGACCACUGAUGAUGCUGUUGUUGUCGAUCGCUCAAAAGAUAUAGCCAGUCUAUAUUCCAAGCUUCAGCUGUCGCUUGACGGCCCACUUUCUCCCAACCUUUCAUCUUUUUCCAGCCGACAAUCCCUCUCCCCGACUACAUCAUCGCCAUCUAGCCCUUUUUCUCAAACGUCACCGUUGUCUUGUGCUUGCAUUCACGCCUUUGCCUCACAAGACUGCGUGCAAUGUUCUCUAUGUGGAACACCGUUUGAGAAAUUGAAGGAAUACCAUCAAGAACGUCAAGAGAGGCUCAAUCAAGUCCGAGAGCUACGGUUGCGAGUCCGAGACGAGACAACCCAGACAGUCCGACAGAAGUUGAAAUUAGAAAAGCAGCAAAAAACCGUAGAGCGAUUGAUUAAAGACAUCGCCACCCGCAUUACAGAUACCGAGGCAUUAAUAAUUGACAAAGACCAGUUGAAGGAGAAACUGGAGGAGGAGCGAGCCCACUUGGCCAAAAUUCAAAAUGAUAAGGUCGAGAUUGAACAGGAACUGGCGGAAUUAAGUACAAAUCUACUCGAAGAAGCCAACGGCAUGGUCGCCAUCGAACAGAAAGAACGCCAGGAAUUGGAAAAGCAGAGUAGCCAUGUUCGAUCUCAAUUAGAGUUGAUUCAACAGAAACUGGAAGGCGAGCAAAAGCAAUUGGAAGAACUGCGAGAAAAGAUGAUGCAGAAUGUCCAGGUUGAACUGUUCGAGGACGUGGAGCAGGACAGCAAGAUUGACGACAUGGUCAUGAAUGAGUUCAAGGAUUUCUUAGCCGCCGUUUCUAUUACACCCGCCAAAAAGCUUCAAACCAUUCCGUUCGUUCGCAACUGCUUAGCUGAAGACAUCGAACCAUGUUUGCGUUUCAACCCCUCUUCGCGUAUGUCAUCGAAGAAAAUUGUUGACGCCAUGGCCACCAAUUCAUGUUUCAUCGAAGUCAUGCCCAAUGGCUUUAGUGAAGAACAAUUUACCCAGAAAUUAACAGCUGAUCAACCACUACGUAUUUCAGCAUCACGAAGCAUGAUUUGGGACAUGCUUACCACCAGUGGUACCGAAACCACAGCAGAAAGUUGUAUGGCCUGUGGACGUACCGCCACGCUCACCCACCGCUUCCGAAUUUCUUUCUUUGACGACUGGGCAUGCAUUGACCGUCACUGUCGGGACCGUAUUGUCACAGCCAAUGCCUUUUACCAGUUUAUACGAAACAUUCGACACAACCGAUACCGUGACCGCUCGAUAUAUGACUUGUACCAAGACUCUGUUCAACUGAGGUUACAGAUGCUUUUAGCAAGAAAUGGAAUGCUGGUCGACGUCGAGUCAAUUCCAGAGCCAACCAAGCAAGACACGAACAGUACCGUGGCCAGUACAAACACAUCGCUGAGCACCUCAACCGAUAUAGAUACAGACGAGAGUGUAGAGAUAGAAGUCAAAGCAUAGGCCAACUGCCAUUUGCGUCCACCUUCUCUCUCUCUUUUAUUUUGCCUGCUUUGUAUUUUGUUCAUUUUCUAUCUACAUGCGCUUAUACCUAAUGCUUUGGUUUUUUUUUUUUUUUUUAAAAUUGAGAAACUAUUAUCUUGUCUUCGCCUUCAUCUUUUUCUUUUUUGGUUUGUCGUCGGGUGUGCUGAACGCAACUCUGAGAUAACUCAUGUAAAGGGUCACUUCUGCGAUGCCUACAAUGAUCGCUCCAAACAGGGACAAAAGAACGCGCUGGCAUGGAAUGUUAGCCUAGUCGUCACAUAUCAUGAUCAUGCACGCUG